AUGGAGAAGAAUACUACCGUUAGUUAUUUGGAUCUUAAGCUAUUGAUGUUCAAUAAUCUAACCCAAGCUAAAGAGCUGCUAAAACAAUUAGAAUUUAACGAUACUUCUUCUACUACCGGAAACUUGUUAAUACCUAUAAUCUUAUCUUCCUUUGAAAAGUCUCUUUCCUUGUUGAGUGGGAUUAAUCCAGAAGCCGGAGGCAGUCGAUCUGAAAUCAAGUCUGAUCUCAUGGGGAACUUCCCUUCCAGAAAGAGGAAAGAAGAAUCGAGAUGGACAGAACAAGUACUCGUUUGCGAACGGACGGGGCUUGAAGCACCUAUAGAUGAUGGAUAUAGUUGGAGGAAAUAUGGAGAAAAAAGCAUUAUUGAAACCAAAUAUCCAAGGAGUUAUUAUAAAUGUGCUCUACGAAAGGCUCAAGACUGUUCUGCAAUGAAACAGGUUCAGCGUAACGACGAUGACCCAUUGAUGUUUAGUGUCACGUAUCGCGGAAAACAUACUUGUAAUCAAGUUUCGUAUGUACCGUCACCAGUGAAAUCAGGGAAUAUAACUGAUGAUAAACAUAAAGAAAAACGACGUCAGGAAAAAACACAAGAAACGAUUAUCAGUUUUCAAAUAUGUCCUCAUGUUCAAAGAGAGAAUUCGGAUGGUACUACCCAAACAGUUCUAAUAUCACCUUUAUUUACAUUUCCUUCUCCUGAUCCAUUAAUACCUGUUCCAUGUGUAGAGAAAGAAAGUAAGAACAACAACAAUAUGUCCUCUUCAUUCACACCUGAUAAUCAUCUCUUCACGAUCAGUAGUCCAUCCUCAUCAUCUCCAUAUAUGUCUUUGCCUACUUCAGAACCCAAUUCCUUCUCUCCAUACACAGUGAAUAGUUUUGAAGGUGGAUUAACCUUACAAACUUCAGAUUAUGAUCUUUGUGAUUUUACUUUUAUAUAG